UCAUUAAUACAUCAUAAAUCGUGAAGCACCGCGUUAUAACGACCAAGAUCUACAAAUCAAGCCCUCUAAAAUACCCUAAAUGAGCUCUUACUUUGUAAACUCGUUCUCAGGGCGCUAUCCAAAUGGCCCCGACUAUCAGUUGCUAAAUUAUGGAACUAGCAGCAGCGCUAUGAACGGUUCGUACAGGGAUUCCGGCACCAUGCAUUCGGGCUCUUACAGCUACAACUACAAUGGGAUGGACUUAAGCGUCAACCGCCCCACUACCGCCGGCCACUUUGGAGCAGUUGGGAACAACUCCCGAGGUUUCCAGUCUCCAGCCCGGGAGACGCGUUUCAGACAGCCGUCGAGUUGUUCGCUCGCGUCUCCGGAGCCCCUGCCUUGCGCCAACAGCGAGACCCUGGGACCCAAAAGCUCAUCGCCCCCGUCCGAUCAGAGCGCUACCGCGGCGGGCGGUAGCCUCGUCAACACCAACAGCACACAUUUCACAGAAUUAGACGAGACCAGCGCCUCUUCCGAGACCGAUGAAGGCAACCUCCGAGUCAGCAACCCCGCACCCCGGACGCAGCAGCAGGAGUCUACAGCAACCUCCACGACUACAGCAUCAGCGGAGGGGCAGGCGCCACAGAUAUUUCCCUGGAUGCGGAAACUACAUAUUAGCCAUGAUAUGACUGGACCGGACGGGAAAAGGGCCCGAACUGCCUACACCCGCUACCAGACACUUGAGCUGGAGAAAGAGUUCCAUUUCAAUAGGUAUCUAACCCGGAGGAGGAGAAUAGAGAUAGCCCACGCGCUGUGUCUCUCGGAACGGCAAAUUAAGAUCUGGUUCCAGAACCGCAGGAUGAAAUGGAAAAAGGACAAUAAACUGAAAAGCAUGAGCCUCGCUACCGCAGGCAGCGCUUUCCAGCCAUAAGAUCCCCUCAUGUUAUAAUAUGCGGAUUUAAAAAACAAAAAAAAAACAAAACAAAGAAAAAGCAAAACAAGAAUGAAUUAAGAAGUAGGACAAGAUGACAUUAUUCCUAAGUACUGUACAGUGCGGCACCUUUCGGCAUGUUGAUGUUUUAGACAACUUACAAUAUUACUGUGGUACUGAUAAUACAAACUUGUGUUGAGCUGUUGUUUUAUUAUUACUGUAGUAAUUAUUAUUUGAGAAGAAGAAGAAGAAGAAAAAAAAAACUCUCCAGUGUCCGUUGUUGAUGGUAUAAAUAUCGUUUAGGUGUCAAGUGGUAUGUUGAUGCUUUCCAGACAGUUAGCAUGUGAGCUCUUAAAUGUCAUAACUUAUUUACAAUCUGUAACAAGUGUGUAGUUUUAAGUUUAAAACACAGAGGCUCCUCUGCCGAAAUAAUAAAUAAAAAAAUUAAAAUAAAAGACAUUGCAUAGGCUGCUAUUCACCGAUCCCCACAGUCUCUGUGUCCCUGAUCCCUCAACUUUUAUGCGAUACUUUUUUGGGGGGCUGUUUCGUUAGUUUGUCAUGUGUUCAGUUCGUUUAUUUAUUUUAUUAUAUAUAUUUUUUCAAAUGAUAGCCGGAAAUAAAUCAAGAUUAGAUUAUCCUGUCUCCAUUCA